UUUGCCGUUUUGGACUACUGAAGGCAACGGUGGAAAAAAGCGCUGCCUCAUCCGAAAUAGGUUCGACGAAAAACACGUCAUUGGCUCACAAGAAGACUUCGUCAUCAACGGAUGACGAGGAAAGAGGAAGCUCCGAUAUAGCGCAGCAGUCGACGACUAAACAGGUGCUGCAAGCUCUAGAAGAAGAAUCGCCCGUCGGCCGUCUAUUCGUAAUAGAGCACUGUGACGGCAUCGGGCACCGAAUUAACAGCAUCAUAAACGCAAUGGCAUUCGCGCAAGCGCACAAGA